GUGGUCCGACAGCUGAGCUCGCCGCGGCUGCCGCCCCAGCCCCCGGCCGCUAUGAGGAGCGCGCACCCUCUGGUCCUUUUCUCCCUGGUUGCCCUUUGCGGGCGCGGGGUCUGCCGUGUGGCCAAUGCCGAGGAGAAGCUCAUGGAUGACCUUCUGAACAAAACCCGCUACAACAACCUGAUCCGCCCAGCCACCAGCUCCUCCCAGCUCAUCUCUAUCCAGCUGCAGCUCUCCCUAGCCCAGCUCAUCAGCGUGAAUGAGCGAGAACAGAUCAUGACCACUAACGUAUGGCUGAAACAGGAAUGGACUGACUAUCGCCUGGCCUGGAACAGCUCCCGCUAUGAAGGCGUGAACAUCCUAAGGAUCCCCGCAAAGCGGGUCUGGCUGCCUGACAUCGUGCUUUACAACAACGCGGACGGGACCUACGAGGUGUCUCUCUACACCAAUGUGGUGGUGCGCUCCAAUGGCAGCAUCCUGUGGCUGCCCCCUGCCAUCUACAAGAGCGCCUGCAAGAUUGAGGUGAAGCACUUCCCCUUCGACCAGCAGAACUGCACCCUCAAGUUUCGCUCCUGGACCUAUGACCACACGGAGAUCGACAUGGUCCUCAAGUUGCCCAUGGCCACCAUGGAUGACUUUACCCCCAGUGGUGAAUGGGACAUAGUGGCCCUCCCAGGACGAAGGACGGUGAACCCGCAGGACCCCAGCUAUGUGGACGUGACUUACGACUUCAUCAUCAAGCGCAAGCCGCUCUUCUACACCAUCAACCUCAUCAUCCCCUGUGUGCUCAUCACCUCGCUGGCCAUCCUCGUCUUCUACCUGCCGUCCGACUGUGGCGAGAAGAUGACGCUGUGCAUCUCUGUGCUGCUGGCGCUCACCGUCUUCUUGCUGCUCAUCUCCAAGAUCGUGCCGCCAACCUCCCUUGACGUGCCACUUAUCGGCAAAUACCUCAUGUUCACCAUGGUGCUGGUCACCUUCUCCAUCGUCACCAGCGUCUGUGUGCUCAACGUGCACCACCGCUCACCAAGCACCCACACCAUGGCGCCCUGGGUCAAGCACUGCUUCCUCCACAAGCUGCCCACCUUCCUCUUCAUGAAGCGCCCUGACAGCAGCCCCUCCAGGGACCCCCAGCCCAGCCAGUCUUGCCUGACCAAGUCUGAGGCUGCUGCUGCCACCGCCGUGGCCACGGGCCCUGCCAGCUCCUCCAACCUCUACAGGAACUCCAUGUACUUUGUGAAUCCUGCCUCUGCAGCUCCCAAGUCUCCAGCCGGCUCCAACCCGGCGAGUAUCCCCAGGGAUUUCCGGCUGAGGUCUUCCGGGAGGUUCCAGCAGGAUGUGCAGGAGGCUCUAGAGGGCGUCAGCUUCAUCGCCCAGCACAUGAAGAGUGACGAUCAAGACCAGAGUGUCGUUGAGGACUGGAAGUACGUGGCCAUGGUGGUUGACCGGCUGUUCCUGUGGGUGUUCGUGGUUGUGUGUGUGCUCGGCACCGUGGGGCUCUUCCUACCUCCUCUCUUCCAGACGCAGACUCCCUCCGAGGGGCCCUAGGCUGCCCUAAGUGUCGGAGGGCCCCCAGGAGUAUGGGGUGAGAUGAUGUGAGCGGCCGGGUGGGCAGUUUGCUGCUUCCUUCUGGGUCACGGCCGACAAGGCCCUAAAUAAAUAUGAGACCAUCGGCCAUCAACCCCAUCAAACAGCCAUGGCUGUGGGAGGAGCGAGGAUGGGGGGCCUGGACUGACUUCUCUGAAGGCCUUGGAGGACCCCCAGGAAACUCCAGCAGGAGGGGGCUUCGGACAGUUGAAUUCUGGCCGGUUUUCCUUUCCUGCCCCAGGCACCGGGGAUAAGGACAAGCAUAACAGCAGCACCUACUAUGUGCCCGGCAUCUUGCCCGCAUCCCGGCCUACCUCUCACCCCAUCGCUCUCCACUCCCCUUGUCCACGAGGCUCCCUGGCCUUCUUUCAGUCCUUCACACACUCAGGAUCCUUUCCAGCUCAGAGCCUUGGCAUUUGCUGUACCUUCUACCCAAACGUUCUUCCCCAGGGCCUCCCAAGAUCUUCCCACGGCUGCAUCAUUCAGGCUCCAGGCCUUCCUUUGUUCCAAUGUCACCUCCCUGAGAGGGCUUCCCCAAUCACCCAUUCUAAAGUGUCCUCACCCAUGGCCACGUUACCCCGACACCUUCCUCAAGUGCUCCUCGGUGCCUGAAGUUCUUAUUUGGUGGCGUGUUUAUGGUCUACAUCUCACCCACUAGAGUGUGAGCUCCGAGAGAGCAGGGACAUGGUCCUUCGUGUUCGCUGCAGUAUCCCCAGGGCCUAGGACAGAGCUUGGCACACAGUAAGUGCUCAAUAAAUGUUUGCUGA